AUGUCCACUGAAACGAAACUGCUCCCUGAACACAAGAUGUUUGACCACGAGUCCUAUCAAUACAAGGAGCUGCUCCCCACCUGGCCGAAGUACAACUAUGAUCCACACGUGGAGCUUGAUGUGAAGGACAAGGGACUGCUCGCGGACCCGGAGAUGAAAGCUCUGCUCGGGGCUGCGACACAUAGGGAUGACUUGACGCCGGCGUUGGGCACGGUGCUCGAUGGGAUCGACAUCCGUCAGUUGUCGGAUGACCAGAAGAACGAACUUGCUCUUCUUACAGCGCAACGCGGUGUUGUCGUGUUCCACAAACAAGAGGCGACGAUACACGAGAUGAUCAAGCUUGCUGAAUACUUCGGGCCGUUGCACGUCCAUUCGACCACCGGUAUUCCUGAGGACCCGGCCUUGAAAGGCGCACACGUCGUGUGGAAUGAUGGCACAAAGCCCCAGGACUGGAUCAACUUCAAUCGUGACUACUUUGGGUGGCACAGCGACCAGACGUACGAGAUCAACCCACCCAGUCUCACAUCGCUCAAGGUGGUCACCGCACCGAAGACUGGGGGCGACACGCUGUGGGCGUCUGGAUACGCCGUGUUUUCGAGCUUCUCGCCUCAGUUUCAGAGGUAUCUGGAGACUCUGUCGGCACUUCAUUCAAGUGAUAUGCAAAAGCAAUUGGCGAUACAGCGCGGAGUCCAUAUUCGCCGCCCCCAAACAGACUGCAUCCAUCCCGUUGUCCGGGUGCAUCCUGUAACUGGCAUGAAGUUCCUUUUCAUCAAUACGGCAUACACCCGCCAGAUUGUCGGAGUUCCCAAAGCCGAGUCGGACGCAAUUCUGGCGUUCCUCUUCUCUCAAGUGAGUGCUUGCACCGAGUAUCAAUGCCGUGUGCGCUGGGGCAAGGACACGAUCUGUUUCUGGGACAACCGGUGCUGCUGGCACACGGCGACAUUCGAUUUCUACCCUAUGAAGCGUCACGGGCUGCGUGUAAUGCCAAUGGGAGAGAAGCCUAUGAGCGUGGAGCAAUAUGAGGCGAAGACUGGGAAGAAGGCGAAGGACUGGUAUAAGGAGAAGAUGCGUUUGCUUGGGGAGGAAAUGGAUGACUAG